GAAGCGGGUCGCGUCGCGUCUCGAUUCCUCGAGGUAUCGUUGCGUGCGUGUUCUCGACCAAUCGCGACUCGGGUCGGUGGUGCGCCUGUGUGACGCAUUAACUGCCACGCUGGCAGCUGGCAGUUCAAUUGACAAUCGUCUAGGGCCGAGUGCGGUUCAGUAUUCUCGGUUCUCGGAAAACAAACAGACUCGCGAUUGUCAGAUCGCGGAGCACCGAGACGCAGUGCCCCCGAAAAAUCUGUAUCAGCGCGCGAGGACGGGUCGGGGGGACGGUAGAGUGAUCGGGGCGGGUCGUGGCCGAGCGAUGCCGGUCCGGGUUGCUCGAAAUAUGCUUGCGCCAGCAGGCUCGAGCUGAAAACCGGUCCCUCUCUUCGUGUGCAGUGCGCUGUACGGCCUGGCUUCUGUUCAGGGUGGGGCGAGAGAGCAGAAACGAACUGCGUCCGUCCGUUGGUCGGUCCGUGACCGCGGUUUUCCUUCGCUCCGUUACUUAUUGUUAGUUAGUCGGGACUGGCGUGUUGUGUGUCGUCGUCGCUGUCUGUCGAAAGGUGCAUCUUUUGGUCGGUGCAGUGGCACGGCGAAGGCGUGGGUGCGUGGCUCAGGUGUUACAUGGGAGCGUAGAGUGCACGGUUCUCCACACGCUACAGUGUUGUCGCGCGCGCACGGUGCUUGAAACAGAACUGCCGGGAUUAUGUCGUCGACGGACAUGAACCUGAUGGACCUCCUGUUCCCCAGGGAGGAGUCGUUCCUGAAAGGCGACGUUAAGGACGAGCCGUUCAUAGACCAGAGCUACGGCGACGACGCCAUCGCGGCGGAAGAAUGGCCGUCGAACCCCGACGACUUCCUGGACUCCAUCUUCAAGCUGGAGGACAAUCAGUUCAACCUGAUCGAGAACGACCUGGACACGAUUCCGUCCUCUUCCUCGGACAGCGGGCUGUCGAGCGCGCUCAGCCUCUCCUGCGAGCAGCAGCUCAGCCCUUUGCUGCCCAUCGAGGAGGAUCAAGUGGAGAUCAGCAACUCCGAGAUGAACAGUCCGGACGAACAGAACUUUAUGGACUUCGAGUCUUUGGACAGUCCGAACCAAUCGGUGGGCAGUGUGGACAGUCCGAUCAGGUCGGUGGUCAGUUCCAACAUCGGCUCACCCGUGACAGACGUUGCCGAAGAGAUGGACGUGGAGCACACCUUGGUGGCAGUCGUGAACCCUAAUAACACCUUGGCCGAUGCCAGCGCGACCAUCGUGGCGGAGUCACCGGCCGUCGAUUUAGAUAAAAUAGCGCAGCAGCAGGUACUGGCCGCGCCGCAGGAGAACAACACGCUAAAUGUGCGCAACGUCGCGAGCAACGGGAAACGAAACAUGAGACAAUUGAUACGCGUGACGCCGAUGGGCUCUGUGAACCCGAGAUCGAUCCUGUUGCCGGUGAGUCUCAAGGACAUGAAGGACGUGAGGACUAUCAAGAUCAUCAACGCGUCGCAGGCGAGGAACCUGAAGGGCUUCAAGAUCAACCAGGCGAACAUCAUCAACAAACCUGUCCAAAUGACCAUCAAGCAAGAGGACUCGAGCAGCGAGAAGGGUUGCAACUCCAGCGACGAGGUGUCGGAGUCCGACUCCCCUUAUCCAAGGCUGAAGCUGAACGCGGAAGAGAAACGUUUGCUCCAGAAAGAGGGGAUCACGUUGCCCUCGCAUUAUCCCCUGACGAAGCACGAGGAGCGCGAGCUGAAGAGGAUCAGGCGCAAGAUCCGCAACAAAAUCUCCGCCCAGGACUCCCGGAAGAGGAAAAAGGAGUACGUGGACGGGUUGGAGGAUCGAGUGAAGCAGUGCACCGAGGAGAACAUGAGCCUGCUGAAGAAGAUCAAGGCGCUCCAGUCGCAAAACCAGAGCCUGGCCGGCCAGCUGAAGAGGCUGCAGGCGUUGCUGCAAAAGGGCAACAAGAGCGCGCAGCCUGCUACCUGUCUGAUGGUCUUGUUGCUCUCGUUGGCCCUGGUCGCUGUACCGAAUCUGCGACCGCACUCCAAUUCCAGCAACGAGCUCGCCAAGGAGCAGGAGCAGCCUGAGAAAAUGCCACCGUUGGCUGGUCGCUCCCGAACGCUACUCUACACGAAGCAGCUGAUGGACGAGGAGCUGCAGCAAUACGGCGAGGAAUUGCUGCAGGAGGUGGAGGGACUGUUGGAUCACGAUUACAGCCCGGUGAUCCAGCCGCCCCUUUACAAACGUCCUCGCCUGGACACGGAACCGGCCCCGAAAUGCGUCUCGUCGUCCGAUCACGUCGGGGGCACGCUCUGCGGAAGAAAGGAGAGCAUGAUCUUCAUAUCAAACCGGAAGUACAUCGAGCCUCCGUUGGACGACGUGUGGCCCCCGCCUAAUCCCGGCGGGUCGAAGAACGGCAAAGUGGUGGACAAGCUCGAGGCGCUGACAAACGAGCUGAAGAUCAACAUCUCGGACUCGGAGGGCACCAGAACGGUGCUGCUGAAGGUGCCCCAGGAACAAUAAGGGCGGCUCGAAACGAUCGCGGGCCCCUCACGAGAUCUUCUCUCCCCCUGGACCCCCAAGAGCCGACGAUUCGUUUCGAAUCGAUAAUUUUCUCCACGGUGUUUCCGAGAACCACGGGAGACCACAGGGCCGUCUCGACUUCCGCUGGACCACAGAUCGAAGAACCAGGCUCCGUUCGAGCGUUUUUCAUUCGAUUUUCGCUGCAUGGACCAUCGCGAGAGCCCAUUUUCGCUUUCAUUCGAUUUUCUUCCCGCACCGAAACGCGACGGAGUCUCCGACGCGAACGAGAGUUCGUUUUCUCGAUGAAUUUUCGAAGAAUCGGCGCUCGCUGCGAUCGACGUCCCGCGAGACGGGUCGGUCUACAUUGGCUUCUUAGUCGAGGAUCGCGUAGGACCGAUCGUUUUUAGGUGAAUUUUUCCAAGAGUUUUUAUCGAUUGAACGAUAUUUAAGGAUUUAUCUAUUUAUAAGGAGAAUUUAUUACGAGAGUUUUACAAUUAUUAUUGCUGUUGCCGAUGGUAAGAGAUAUUUGUACAUAGUUACUAUAAUAGACAACGUAAAACUGACACAGAGAGAUAUAUAUUAUAUACUAUAUAUUAUA